CUGAAGUCUCGUUUAAACGUCUUUACCUUUUUUAUAGUUGAGCGUUAAAUAUUAUUGGACUAUAAAUCCGCCUUCUUCGUCCAAGAAAGCUUUCAGAGUUGGAAACCGCCAUCUACCAAUUCUCUCUUUUUCACAGUUUUUAAAGGAAAAAUCAAAAAAUUGUGAGGCGAUUCUUAUUACUGACAAAGAAAGUUGAUACUUUAAACAUCUUGUUGAAUUUGUUGCCGCGAAGGCUUUUAAAAAAAAAGAAAAAAGAAAAUUAAAUUUUCAGGGACCUGGGUAUAGUUUUUCUCGUUAGUUUUCUUUGUUUGGUAUUCAAAAUAAUUUAAAACCCUUUGUUACAAUGAGAAUUUUCGAAAAUUGCCAUUUAUUUCACUAUCCUUUUGAAAAGGUUUCCGCUGCCCAUUGGCAAAAAUAUCCAAACGAAUACGCUACUCAUGUGGUCGCUGUUGAUACCCUAGACCGAAAGGUGCUUCCUGAUACGCAAACCUUGUACACGGAAAGAUUGAUUACUUGUCGUCAAGGUGUUCCUCGAUGGAUUCUCAAGCUAGUCGACGGUGCGCAAGAAUGCUAUGUUCGGGAAGUUAGCUACAUGGAUCUGAAAUCACGUACCUUGACGCUUUACUCGUCUAAUAUGACUUUCUGUGAUCGUCUUCGUGUACAUGAAACAGUAACGUACUCUCCCCAUUACGAGCUCAAUGCUACCGUGUUCCGACAAGAGGCACGCAUUGAGGCCCUUGCAUACAUGAAGCGCUUGGCUAACAUUGUUGAGCAAUGGUCCGUAGACCGUAUAAGUCAAAAAGCAUCCAUCGGCAAACUUGGAUUUGAGAAUGUUUUGAAACAGAUCAAUCUAUCCGUGUUUCAUCAGCUCCCUGUACCUUCAUCGGAUGCAAAUUCUUAAAUAGAAUAAAAAGAGAAGGGAUAUAUUCACUUACCUUCUUUCGCUUUUCUAAAAGGCACUUAACUAUAUCUUAUCCUCCUCUCCUAAUUUAACAGGUUUCUAAAAGCUAUUAUCACAAAGAUUAUUUACUAGAAGCGUUUUGCAUUAUCAGAUGCAAUUAUUAUUUGGUUAUUUUUUUUUAUAUUUUGACUGUGACUUGGUGGACAUUCUUUCGGACCUUGCUAUUUAAUGGAAACAAUUAUUACAGUUUCACAUAUCUUGCCUUUAAUCUAUCUAAUUAUCUUGAAUGAAAAAGAAAACGAUUGCUUUGUCUAGAAUUGAGUUUGCGUCUAUGACGAACUCUCAAGUUUAGGUCUUUUUUGUGGUACAGUUAUGAUUAUAGCUAAAACUGCCUAUCUCUUUUCCUUACCAUCUUGAAACAGUGUCUUACUUGGCAUUUUCUCUUUUACUACUUAAUUACGAUUGUCAUAAAUGAUUGACCGACUUUCCCUGUAGGGAAAUGAGAAAAAUACAGCGCAAAUGCUAUCCUGGAGCAUUUGUAUUUUCCUAUUCUUUCUUUGGUACUGAAAAUGGUAAUUAAACUGAUUAUUAUUUAAUUUUUUAAUACACAGAAGAAGGCAGUUUUGUGUUGCUUUUACCUACUGGAUUUAGCAACUACAGGGAAAACAGCUAUUUGAUGAUUAUAAUAAUAAUAAAAAUAGAUAAAUAAAGGGAAAAAGGUGAAUUUAAGAAUUUAUGGUUUCUAGAGUAAAAAGAUAGUUGUAUCCAUAUCUUUUCAUAUGAUUAUGAU